CUGUUUACAACUUCACAAUGACAUUUUCUCUUCUUACUUUUCACGGUGGUUCUUGUAUUGAGAAGAGCACCUCAGCACCAACGUCACUCCUGGAUUAGCCUACCUUUGAUUAUUUCACUACCUGUCUGAGCACCAGUAGAAUGUGGGUCGACUUGGCAUUAUCGGGCAGAUCACUGUCUGGAUGCCGCUUCAAUAAAUAGGUUAUCUGUCUGGCUGCUGGUUAGAGUCUGUCCGGUCACACUACAGGCGACAAGCACCUCCCCAUCCUCGGUAUUGCCCUUUUUCCUAACAUCACCAGCUAUAAGCUGCCCACCCUCGCAUUGUGAUGGAGGAUACAUUAUCAGUCUCCUCUGAGACCUGGAAACGUUCCAAUCGAAGAGGAAGGAAGACAGGCUGGUCCAACAUCUUUACAGGUGUGAACCUGCACCAGCUGCACAGACUGUUCAGAAGAGCAGGAGACAGACACUCUGAACAUCGGGCCAGGCUGGUGUGGAGGGACAUGGAUAGAGACACAGAGGGAUCAGAGGAGGAGGAAAAGGAGAGACAGGAUGAGGCCCUCUUGGUUCAGGCCUUGGUGGGGCUCCGGGUCAGAUCCAGGAAUAAAACAGGAAUGAGAACACACGGAAACAGAGACCGCAAGUGGCUCAGAGCACCAGGAUAUCUCAGGACUGUGGAGUCACCAUCCAACUCUGCUGAUGAAGAACAGGAGACCGACACACCGUCCAGGCUGGAGGAAGAAUCUCUGCUGGAACCUGGCCAAGACGUCUCAGAGAAUCCGAAGCCCUUCAAACCCAAUGCUCAGAGAUUGGAUCCAUCAAGAGAGGAGUGUGCCAGACCGUCUGAGCGCUACCUACACCGCAUCCUCCACUGAAACAGACCAGAGUCAUCAUCACUCAGUGGUGCAACGCAAUGAAACCAAAAUCAUGAACUGGAGGGAUGAUUUUGCAGGAAAGGACAGACUGAAUGAAACCUUAUGCUAAUAUACAUUCAACAUGUUAAACCCUAACCUACAGAAAUAACACUAACAAGGCUGCGGUCCGACCAUUACUCGUGCCCAAGCCUUAGAAAAUGUAGAUGUGUUUCUGUUGGAGAGGAUAUAGCAGCCGACAGAUGGAAACAGAUGAUUGUGUGAGAGCGAUGCAGCUUUGGCAGCACACCAGGUUGAAGGAGUUUCCUGUGCAGUUGGUGUUGAAAUAACGAAAACUCAAGAUGCAUUUACAUUGUACGGAAGAGUAUUACAUUCCCAUUAGAAAAAAAAUCGGCUCUGUUUUCUGAAUUAACGAGAUAACAGGCGCCUCAGUUGCACUCCUUGAGGACCGGUAUUUUUAGCAAUUGUCUGAUUAUCUCAUGAGUCAGCACGCAGCCAGCUUGGAUGAAUUUCAGAUGCAUCAUCUUAAAUCCUUGAAGCAUGCCGUAUGUGCUCAGCUGAUCCUGGAGAAAUGCUGCAACGUCCAGCAGAUCAGAAUUGACCUAACGUCUAAACAACUGCAAAGACCUCAGGUCCUUAACCCUAUAACAACAAGCUUAUCAUAUUUGAUACAUCAGUCUGUGAGACCUCUACAUCAUCAGUGUCAUAUAUUUUUUCUGACAAAACCUGAUGUAUACAAUCAAAUAUAUGCAGUGCACUGAUAAUCCACAAGGUGUGAGUAAUCCAUGCACCAAAGGGACGUCACUUGAGACAUCCAAAAUAGCAGCCAAUUUUGUCUUAGAGAGGAAAUAUACAAUAAUUUUAAAGGAAACUCAAAGUUUAAUAGUCUAGAGAAUGUUUUUAAUAUGUUUUAGUUUUUCUUUAAUAAAAGAAAAACUUUGUGCAAAAAAAUUGCACCAAAAUACCUGAUACCCACUCAAA